AUGUCCACCAGAAUUACUACCGAGUUUGGUCAAGCAGUGCCACCAGCCCCUCGCCAUGCUGUCACAGUCCAUAUGGGAUCGGAAUGGGCCAUCGCCGUACAAUUUGGGGCUGAUGCUCCAUCGGUCAUUGCCAAGUUCAAGAAUACAUACCCUCGAACAAGACCACACCGCGAUAUUGCUCAGCUUUCAGAGGCUGUGCUAAAACAUGUUGGCUCUACAGGCAAAGCAUGUCUCCUCUUUCCAUCGCUCCAAUCCGCCAAGCAAUGCGUUGAAUAUGCUACUUCGAGCAAGCGCGAUGAUGGUAUUGACAACAAGCCACUUGAAGCGGAUGAGCUCGUGAUUCGUGCUUUUGCUGCCAAGGACCAUUUUCUGGCCGUCAUUUUCCCAUCCGACAAAUAUCGCGUUGUUGCUGGGUUCUGGAGCACCGUUGGUGCCGGUGUCACCUCUCGGUUUGCCGAGGCCAACUUGGCUCAUCUAGACAAGCUCAGAGAGGUCUCCAUCCAGGAAGCCGAAGCAGACAGAGCCAAUUUUGACAGCACUGCGCACGAAACUCUGCGGGAAAGGAUUCUAUCUCUCCUAAAGAGGGCGCCGUUAUCUACCAAUCCACCCUUGAUGGUGACGACCAACGACAUUUAUCUGUACCAGUCCGGCAUGGCGUCUAUCUUCAAGCCUCAUUCAUACCUGCUUGACGAUUGCCCAGGCGCAUCUGUUCUCUUUGGAAUGGCCUUUAUGGACACUGUGACAACACUAGAGCAGGUAGGCCCUGGAAGCAAGUUCUUCGGCGCGGCUUCGGAUGAAAACAUUCUCGAAUUGGAAUCCUAUCUUCGAGAUAGUCGGGCUAAGGGCCAAAAGGUGCAAGCUAUUUGGGUAGAGUUCCCAGCCAAUCCGUUGCUUCAUUGUCCAGACAUUGCUCAGCUUCGUAGAUUAGCGACGGAGUACGACGUCGUCCUCGGCAUAGACGACACGAUUGGGAGCUGGGCGAACAUUGAUGUGAUCGGAAUGGCCGAUAUCCUAGUAACAUCCAUCACCAAGUCUUUUAAUGGUUACGCCGACGUAAUCGGAGGAACGACUAUUCUCAAUCCAUCCUCUCCCAAAUACAAUGAGCUCAAACCUCUUUUUGAUGCUCGUUAUGUGUCGGACUUUUACAUUGACGACGCAGAGGCCAUUGAGCGAAAUAGCCGUGACUAUCUUGAUCGUUCAGCAAAGCUAAACAGCAACGCCAGUGCCGUGGUAGAAUAUCUACAUUCUCGAGCCCGAGACCCAAACAGUGCCGUCCAUCGAGUUCACUACCCUUCAGUCAAUCCCUCCGGAGACAAUUACAGACGCUUCAUGCGUCCUGAAACGCCUGACUUCUCCCCCGGAUAUGGCUGUGUCUUUAGUGUCGAGCUAGAUGACAUAGACACGGCGAAGGUCUUUUAUGACAACCUCAACGUACAUAAAAGUGUGCAUCUGGGUGCCCCCUUCACUUUGGCAUUCGCAUAUACGCUAUGCGCUUAUCAAAAGAGACUGGACUGGGCCGCUCAAUUCGGUCUGAAGCCAACGCAGAUCAGAAUUUCAGUCGGGCUUGAGCAUAUGUCUACGCUGAUUGAAGAUUUUCGAGUUGCAGUCGAAGCAGCUGAUCAGUCGAAAAAGCUCGUCUCAAAGUAG